UCAGCAUGUUACCCCGUUAGGAAGAAGGCAGAUGUCAUGGAGAGUGAAAAAGGAGAGGUCACGUAUAAGAUGAGAGACUAGUGAUUCCAGCUGUUUGAUUUUUUUGGUAUUAACAUACAGUAUAGCUUUUUUCCUUGUCCAUUAAAGGGACUGGUGGAUUUCACUUCACAUUUUGUCAGUAGGAGACGACAAGUGAGGAAAAAGAGCUGUUGGAUCUACAUGUAGAAGUUUCCAGUUUUGGAUAUCUGAACUUUUCUUAUAGAGAUCUGGACAGUGUUUCCUUUUUCACCAUGGCGGGCAGGUGGAUCCUCCUGAUACUGGCUCUGAACCUCUCCAUUGUCAUCGUCCUGUCAGAAUCGGAAUGCCGUGGCGGAUUUUAUUUGAAAAAAAAAAAAUGCUAUGAUACCGAUGAAUGUGAGUUUGAUGAGGAAAAUCCUGAAGGGCUAUGUGUAAAAGAUGCAGUCUGUCACAACACGAUUGGCAGCUUCUACUGCAGUUGUGAGGAUGGUUACAAAUCCACAUCAGGGGCUGCAAAUUUCUCCGCAGCAACAUCUGUCAAAUGUGAAGAUAUCAAUGAGUGUUUGGAAGACGAAGGCCUCUGUGGACCUAAUGCCUUAUGUUUUAACACAAUGCCACAAUAUUCCUGCAUUUGUGAGGCUGGAUUCAUUUCCACUACUGGAAUGGAAAGUUUUCGUAACGGUGACAACAUUACAUGUAGAGAUAUUGAUGAAUGUGAAGAGGAAGAUGUUUGUGGUCAGAAUGCAAAAUGCAUCAACACACAAGGCAAUUUUAACUGUGUCUGCAAUGCUGGCUUUAAACUGAAAUCUGGUAAUCAGGAGCAAUGUGAAGACAUAUGUAUGAUUGGCACGUCAAUCUGCGGAAAUGGAACCUGCUACCAUGGAGCCAGCGGGCAUUACUGUACAUGCCAUGCAGGGUUCACUAACUAUGGCCACAAUGGGUCUCGCUGUACUGAGUUAAACUGUGAUGUAUUCAACGAUAAGAUCAGUCUGACAGAGGAAUUUCAUGAUGCACAUGAUCUCGUGAUGCAGUUAAAAGAAAGCUGUCUGGAGCUUGCAGUGAGUGAACAUCCAAAAGAACUGGAUGCAGAGGGAAUACUCAAGCAACUGUUGGAUGUGAUCGACAAGCUCUUGUCCGGUGGAGCCUUCAAAGAUAACAGGAAAGUCUCCAUCUUUUUGACCGUGGUGGAGGAAACUCUGAGGCUCAUAGCACCUUUCAUUAAGGCCCCUUGGACAGCAAUAACCUCAACUCACACAGAUUUGAAGCUGCUGGUAAAAAAGGGGGAUGACUUUCCCCAGGGAACCAAGACUUUCUCAUCCAAGGGAGCUCAUCUGAAUAUAUCAUUGAAAACAGCUGCUGGAGAGCCCUCCUAUUACCCUGGCUUUACAACAGUGUCAUCUCUGAGCUAUGCAAACCUGGAAGAUUCUGCAGAUGGUUUCUUUAGCGGAAUGAAACGUCAAGAGGAACAAAGCUAUAAGAUCAACUCCAAAGUCGUGACGGUCACUGUCAGUAACAGAAACACAAGCCACCUCAAAGAGCCUGUCAUAUUGACUUUCGAUCAUCUCAAACAGUCAAAUGAAUCGAGCCACACCUGUGUGUUCUGGGAUUCUUCAAAAGAAGGAGGGUCAUGGUCUGCUCGUGGCUGCAGUGUGCUGACGUCCAACCCUAAUUACACCGUGUGCUCCUGCAACCAUCUGAGCAGCUUCGCUGUGCUCAUGGCACUCCAUGAAAUAAAGGACACGUUUGAGUUGCAGCUGAUCACCUGGGUGGGUCUGUCCCUUUCACUUAUUUGCCUGUUUAUCUGCAUCCUGACCUUUUCACUGAUCCGCUCCAUCAAAAGCCCAAGAACCACCAUCCACCUGCACCUCUGCAUCAGCCUCUUUAUUGCCAACUUUAUCUUCCUUGCAGGCAUCUCUCGUACUGAGAACCGGGUUGGCUGUGCAGUGGUAGCAGGGCUGCUGCAUUUCUUCUUCCUGGCAGCAUUCUGCUGGAUGUGUCUGGAGGGCAUACAACUCUUCAGAAUGGUGGUCCUGGUCUUCAACACCAGCUUUAAAACCCUCUACAUGAUGGCAGGGGGUUAUGGAGUCCCAGCUGUUAUUGUCGCUGUCUCUGCCUUAGCUAAUGCCAAGGGAUAUGGCACCAAGAGAUACUGUUGGUUAAACCUGGAACUCAUUUGGAGUUUCUUUGGUCCUGCCUGCGUCAUCAUUGUUGUAAACAUUUUCUUCUUUCUCAUCACUGUGUGGAAGUUGGCGCAGAAGUUCUCAAGUUUAAACCCUGACUUAGACAAUCUGCAGAAAAUAAAGGUGUUCAUCAUCACUGCAGUGGCUCAGCUGACGCUUUUGGGCACCAUGUGGAUCUUUGGUUGUUUCCAAUUUGAGGGGGGGGCCAUAGUCAUAUCAUACCUGUUCACCAUCUUUAGCAGCUUGCAGGGGUUUUUGCUCUUUGUCAUGCACUGUCUGCUUUCAAAACAGGUGAGGGAAGAAUAUGGAAAGAUCCUGUCCAUAUGCUGUGCACCUGGAAAGAAGAGUUACUCUGACUUAAGCUCCUCACACACCAGCAAAGCUCGUGCAUCCAAGAACACCCACGACACGGGGGAGUCUCGCAUCUGAGGAGUUAACAAGUCUGAUUUAUUUCAAGAAGACGGCCAUCUUAGAUGUAUAGCUUACUUUUGCCCUGACACGUGUAGUCAAUGCACCAGCUUCAUUGCAAAAUUAUGUAAAUGCUUCUUUACAUUUUCAUGACUUUUUUUUCUUUUUGUUAUUGAGUGGGUAUUUGCAUUUUAAGCUAUUAAAAAAGGAAACGUUGACUAAUUUAUUUAUUACAAAUUAAGAAAUAAGAAAUUACAUUCGACAGUCAUAUCAUUAAAUAAACUGGAUGUUUUGAUAUUCAAACAGCACUUUUAAGAGAGAAUUGUUGAAAAUUGAUCAACACCUGUUUUAUCAGGUAUAUGUUGUAUGGUACUUUAUGCAACAUGCAAAGACAAUCUAAAAGAUAUUUCUUAGACAAGCACUUUUUACUGUGGAACUUAUUAUCUAAAUAUGACCACCACAAAGAAGGACGAAUAUUAGAUUUUUAAUGUAUUUUUUGUGUAUAUAUUGCUACCAAAUUGAGUAUUUAUAUUAAGUUACUGUAUUUUAUGCUCCAUUUAGCGUGCUUUUACAUGUUAAAUGUCAACAUUUUUAUUUACUUAGUUCCAAAACCUGAAUGUUCAGAGAUAACUUUUGUAUUUUUGUGUUUUACAAUGUCAUUUUCGUUUUAAGCACUGGUUUUAGCAGCAAGUUCUGAUGUUAGGUCAAAAAAAUGUAUGUAGGCAUGACUGGCCUUGAAUCAUUUGAUGUAAAAUAUACAAUAAAGAUUUUGUGAACAAAUAAA